AUGGAUACUGAACAGCGCUAUUUCCUGCGAUGCGCUUCUGUUGAGGAGGCCCCGCCGGUACCCGACAUACCCGAUGGUGAGGGCCCUAUCGGCGACCUGGAGCUGGAGGUAGAUUUGGCGGAGAUCGAGCCCCGUGCCGUCAAAGCAAGUUUGCUGGGACUGGUACCAGAGCUCAUUCAGGUCUCUGGCUGCUGCGCGCGAGCAGCUUAUCCGGCUCUAUCGCCUCGGUCCGGAAUGAUGAAGAGGAAGGAUGGCGACCACCUCGGGAUCAAUGGCGUCUAUGCCCUACGCGAGGAGCCUCACAACGAUUCCCCUUGCUGGGUCCAGCAGCCAUUUGAAGGCAGAGUGGAGGUGUGGCACAUCUUUCGCUCACGGGAUCGGGCUUCCUGGGUGAUCGACUCCAUGUUGCACGGCGCCGAUCGCGAAGAUGCCGUCGCUGCUCGGUUGACUGCAGACGUGGAGGAUCCCACCGCCGCGUCAGCCAGCUGGGUCCCGAUGCCCUCUCUGAAGCUGGCGCCCAUCACGCCCGCAAGCUUCGACUGCUUGGCCCGUGGCCCUGGGGGCUACCUCGGAGGAAGUAUUCCGCGAGCAGCUUCGAGGAGGACGACGACGAUGAAGAGAAAAUCAUGA